GUGCUGGUGUCGUCUGGUAAUAUUGUUUGAAUCAACAAUGAACUCGAACAAACUCACAGAUCGACGUAAAAAGUCUUCGAUUCAAGAUGUUCUGGAUCACCACUUCGAUUAUUUCGUGUGCAGCAGUCCUUCUCAGUCUCAACCCCUCUCUAUUCAUUCAGAUUGCACUACUGUUCUGUGAAUUGAGAUAGAGGUGUAUCAACUGUGAUGGGAGUGAAAACAAGUUUUAAUGGAUGGAGGUUCUGGUUUUUCAAUACUUUUUCAUAAUAUGGAUCAAGGUUUGUCUUUGACUCCGGACCCUGUAGAUUUACAGGAAAGAGCUUCAUCAGUGGUUCACAUUAGUGAGAGUAUCUCUGCUAGUGGUGACAAAAUGAGUGGUUCAGAAAGACUUGUCAGCCAAGGGACUUCUAUGGAUACUGAAGAAGUGAGUCGUUCUAGCUGCAAAUAUUGCAGUUUCCGGCUAUCUAAACUUCGGUUACUUGAGAAGAUCAAAUCAAGGACAGCUGCUGAGCGCUCUGGGGAAUCUAGUCCUAAGUCUCAUAGCCCCAGAACAGACAGAGGAUGCCAGACAUCAGCAUCCCUUUUUGAGAAAGCUGAAAUGACUCAAAAGGAACUUCGUAGUUUGGCUCUUGUUUUACGCUUUCCUGAUGGGAAGCCUUUGAAGACGGAGACGUUUUGCAAGUGUGUCUUACAAGGAAGAGAAAGGGACUGCAGAUGUGGAGAGGAUGAGAAAUACUUUGACUGGACUUGGGACCCAGAGCACCGUGGUGAAGCCACAAGCCUCCAGGAGAAAGGACGUCAGGUGAUUUUCCACAAAGACUACAGCCUCGGCACGGCAGCAAUCAGAGGCCAACUACCCAUGGACAAGGAUCAAUACUUCUGGGAAGUCAAGAUGACGACACCUGUCUAUGGAACUGACAUGAUGGUCGGCGUCGGGACAGCAAACGUUGAUCUCCGAAAAUACCACAACGUGUUCUACAGUAUGCUGGGCACUGACAUGGACAGUUGGGGCAUCUCGUACGAUGGCCGGGUCCAGCAUGGUGGCAAGAAGAGGGAGUACUGCAGUCGGUUUGGUCAAGGGGCUAUCAUCGGUGUCCACCUGGACAUGUGGCAUGGCACUCUGGCCUUCUUUAAAAACCGGCAGAGUUUGGGUAUUGCUUUCAGAGGUCUGAGGGGCAGGACAUUAUUCCCGAUGGCUUGCUCUACAGCUGCCCGCAGUGGCAUGCGAGUCAUCUCCUCGAGGUCUUUCCCCAUGUCUCUCCAGUUUCUGUGUUGUCGACGACUGCGACAGUUCGUCCCAGCUCACCUCAGCGUUUUGGACUCUCUAGCGAUGCCACCAGGUCUCCGGGCAUUCCUCGCCAACAACAUGACCUGGCUUCUGGACGUGCCGCAGUCAUCUGCAGGUCACGCAGCGUCAGCAGGCUACAUAUGUCCUAUUUGUCUGCCCUUGAAAAGUGUUUUUGAGGGUUGCACAGACGAUGAAGACAGCGAUGAAGACAUUCGGGCUAGCCAUCUCACCCUCCAUCUGGGUGAUUCCGAUGAUGAUUCUGAUGGCGCCGAGUCAGUCUCUUCCGACAUCCAGGACCUCAUGGCUGAGGUGGCAGCAGCCUCUCGCGGAAGAACUGUGAGUGAAAAUGAAAGUCACACCAGCCCGCCGCGAUCCCCAUCUGCUGAUACCAGUUCUACGUUUCAAAGACAGUCACGGUUUGGAGUGAAGAAAAGGAGAGUUGACUUUGAACAGACAGGAAGCAGGUUUACCUUUGCAGAGCAGCAACAUGAGGGAGAGCUCAGUAAAAGUGAUGAGGAUUCUACGUCGGAAGAUUCGUCAUCUGCAGAGCUUCAAAAUUCUGGGAGUUCACAAACGUCAAGCUCUGGACCCAGCUGGUUGGGCAAGAGAAAGCAUGAAUAGGUGGUUUCUUUGUGAACAUACCACCAACUUCAUAUUUAAUGCAGAAAAAUUGUUUUUCUAAAAUGUGGUGUGACUUGUAGAAAAUUGGUCUCAAAUUUUAUUUCUGUAUUUUGUGUAUUAUUCAUAUUUUAUAAAGAAAGAAACAUUUCUACAGAAUGCAACCAGUCAAAAUAAGACCUAAGUCAUUAAAAAUCACUCAUUUAUCUCCAUUAAAAAGUCCUGCCUCUUUGCUUAAAAUGUUCCAGACUUUUAAAUAGCUUGUACAUUUUCAUCAGAAGAAAUGACCAUGCAUAUAAACAAUGGACAUACUAUCAAAAUGAUGUAAACAUAAAAUCUGCCUUUGUUGCAAUUUUGCAGCCAUCUCGGAGAUUACAGAGGCGUGUUGCUACUGACUUUAUUGUAAAUUGCUUCUUAAUUCUUUUAGAUAAGUUAAUCACGUAAUCCUGAUUUCAUUUUGAUUCAUAAUAAUGACACAGUUCUCUUGAAAUACUAAUGUGUAGUGCACUUUUUUUUAUCCUGUACUGUUCUUUUUCACAUUUCAAACAACAAUUCACAAUAUUCAAUUGUUUGCAAAAAAAUCUGCUUCAGAUAUUUAGAAAACAUAAUAUCUUCUAAUACCUUUAGCGGAUGCACUCAGUAUCUCCAAUUUCAUGGCUGGGCCUCUCAAAACAUUUUACUUGUUAGGCUAGAGGGGUUGGCACAAUGAAAAUUAUUUUUUUCCUGGUUUGACUCUGAAAUACUGCUAUUGUUGGGCACUACUGAUGGCAUUUGUAGACCUACAGCUGAAAGGCUUUUGUGAACUCUGGAAGUUAAUCUCUUUUUUUAACUUGUUUGUAGCAUUCCUCACAAAAAAAUAAGACCUAUGCAAAGUCCCCACCUCCACACACCUUGGUGUAAAUGUGUAGUGCGCAAGAAGGUUUUACAGAACUUCACAGGUUCCAGAUAUAUGUACACUCUUCCCUGUGAAGCCUGAUCUGAUACUCACUUGAUGACAUGAGCAGACACUGCAUUGAAUUGGAAGAUGAAUGACUUUGUUCCUUUACUGAAGGCGAUAUAUCAUUGCAUAUCUGCAAAGGGGUGUUAAAUCAUAUAUUCUCUUUCCUCCUAUCCCAACCUUGAACCUUGAUUUCAUGGCUUGGUUUUAUCUAUUUGUUUGUGAGUAUCUGCUUUUUAUCAUUGCUAUGAAGAAGUGAAAAAAAAAAACCAUCUUGCCUCACAUUUCAUGUAUUUAUAAUGCGUUUAGAAAAGUGGGCCAGGAAAGUUACAGACUCAAGAAUUAGAAUGGGUUCAGUUGGGUUUUUUUGGUAAGUUUUGUCCUGCAUUAUUCAUUUAGGGUUCAAAUUUUUUACUGAAAAUCGGAAGGAAUAUUUAUUUUUAGAAAAAAGGUCUUUGUCAAACACUCUUUUGUCUGUUCCAUUUUUAACUUUAAGUCUUUAGGAUAGCUUGGCUAGAUCUAACUAGGUGUGUUUACAAGUUUUUUUUGUCAAAAAUGUCAUAAGGAAAUCAAUGAAUGGGAGGUUUGCACUCACACAGCAUGGCCAUUUUUACACCAAUUUCAGUAAGAUCAAUCAAAAACUGAAAUAAACCAUCUUUGCUUUUGUAUUUUUCCUAUCUUUAGUAAUUGUACUAGAAGUAAUCUCAGUCCUUUUUUCUUAGUUGAGGGAAAAAGGAGACUUUGGUGUUAUGUCAUUAAUUUUCUAUUCUGACAAGAAAAAGAGUGCUUGGUGCUGGAAUGUUGCAUUUUUGUUUCAAAAUUAUGUACAAGAUAAGGAGUGUGAAAGGAGAAAAUACUUGUUUGCAACUUUAUUUGCCGCUUGUAAAUAGCUGUGUUGAUCAACCUGAGAGUGCUGCUUUGUUGGGUCCAAAUCGGGAACCAUUUUUCUUUUUUUCCAGUUUGGACUUCUCUUGGGAAUGGAUUUUCUUAUAUUAUACAAGUGCAUUUUUUCAUGUAACAUGCUGCAACAUUUUCUUUGAUAACUGAGAAAAAAUGUAAAACGUAAUUUUCUUUUAGAAACGUGGAAGAGUAUGUGAAUCAAAAAUGACAACACAACACUCCCAUUUAUUUACUUACUCAUUUUGGAAUGUAUUACAUACUUCAUAUAUGACAUAUUCUUGAGCUCCAUGGUAUGAUAUCCAAGUUUUCAUAAAAACAUAAUAAAACACGCUUUUCUGCAUUUUUUCAUUAUGUUAAUAGUUAUGAGUAACUGCAACGAGGGAAGUUUUUAUAAGGUAUUAAGUAACAAUCAACCAAGCAAAAUUCAAAACAAAACAAAAUUCCCUAUCAUUAACAACAUUAUAUUCCUAUCACACCUGUAAUCUCAGAUGUAAAGGUCAUCAUCAUUUCACAAUGGGCAAACGAUUAUUUUUAUUAUUAUUAUUAUUAUACCACACCUGUAAAAUAGUAAGACACACCUUACACCUUCCUCGAUUCUAAACAUAUUAGCUGUGUCUCUCCUGUGGAGCAAAUCAAGGGAGUCACGGUCGGAAGGGAGAUGAGUAGUAUUUGGACAAUCUAUUUCCUCUACGUCUACCUCCCAGGCAAAGCUGUAUCAUGCAUUCUGCUUUAAGAUCAUCUAAUCAAGGCGCAGAAUGCCAUACCAGCAACAAUCAGUGCAGCAAAUUUACUGCAGUGAAUUGUUUCAUCUCUUCAAGUGUUGGUCUGGUCCACAGGUGCCCCGUAUGUUUGCUAUACAGGAUGUAUCUUUGAUUUGUUUUAUAUUAAAAUAAAUACGCUCUAGCUCUAUGAAUGAAAAAAAAAA